AUGAUAAAUCCAGUUACAGCUUUAACCUUAAUCGCUUCAGUCAUCGUGAUAACCGCCCAAUUCACAUGUCUGUCGGUCUUGUCUGAGUCCCAAUGCAAACUGAUGUCCCACUGCGACUCAGAGUUUUAUCCGAAUUGCACCUGUUCUACAUGUUUACCACAUUUUUAUGGUGCUUUCUGCCAGUAUAAGAACCUAAUGUCUCCCGAGGAAUCACUGGUGGAAGUGCAUGACGCAAGAGAAAUGGGUCAGCUCUGCGAUGAGAAUCUCUCUACCUGUGACGAUGUCCCAUUGCACGAACAGCUAAAUAUCACAUUUAUUAAGCCAUUGGUAUUCAUAUACAUCCGGAUUGUAGCAAAUGAAUCUAUAGGGCGCAAUAUGUCCAUAAUAUUGGUUGCUUCAUCGAACACCCUGCAAGAAUGUAAUAUGACCAAUUCUCACGUUGUAGACAAGAACACCACAGAUAUCUACUGCAACAUCACCAGCACCAUUAGUAAGAUCCUCCUGACGUUCGACAAAGCGUACCGAAUCUGUGAGAUAUUCGUGAAUGGAGGUCGCAACAUGGCUUACGGCCAGGAAAUUGAGAUGUCCUCUGUUGCUCAGGGGUUCUGUGACAACGACAUAGCAGAUGGCGUAACACGCUACAACUCUACGUCCGAAGAAGGUGGCUGCGUUCGUUCGGACAGUUAUGACCUACACCCCCACGUUUCACUGACCUUCGGCUAUCCCGUCCUGCUGUGGCGAUUGGUUUUGUACGUCGCACCAAAAAAAUCUUAUAAACAUAAAUGUUCUUUGUUCUAUCUUCUGGGUCUAGGCAUAUUUCCGGACGACACCUUAAGAAAUUUUAAAAUAACUUUUUACGACACAAACCUUGUUCCAAUUCAUGAGUAUUUAGAGGCUACGAGCAGCUUCAAUGAGGUCUACACACUUGACCUCCUGAUGUCUCGCCCUGUUCAAAGUUUGACGUUAAGCCUUUGUAAAGCUAGUGAGGCGUUAAGUCUUUGUGAGAUUGAAACUUAUGGAGACUGCGACGUAUUUAACUGGGGUAUAGACUGCCAGUAUACAUGUCCAGAUGAGUGUCAGAAUGGAUGUUCCUCAGAAGACGGCUCGUGCAUUUAUUCCCCAUAUAUGGAAAAGAAAAUAGAGAUUGAUACUGUACAGGUAACAACCAUGUGUGAUCCAGGUUGGUUUGGGGAUGAUUGCCAGUACAGAUGUCGGUGCAAAGGUGCCUGCAGCUCAUCUGGUUUAUGCACUAACUCGACAUGCGAAGAUGGUUGGUUUGGAGAUUUCUGCCAAUAUCAAAACUACCUACAUUCUGAUUAUUCCUCGGUGAUUGGGCCAAUUAAUGUGACUAGACUUCUAUUAGAUCAAGAUGACUACACCUGCAUGGUGGUACGUGUCAAAGGAAUUGUUUCUUUUAAAUUCACCAACCCUCUGACGUUCACAUUUAUGCGAGUCAACGCGAGAAAAGCUAAAGCUGUAAGUGUCAUGGUUGAGUUUCAGACCUCAUCGAUGAAUAGAGUACCCUGCAGGAACCAGUUUUUAGGAUACAUCGUCAAAACGCGGAAUCUCGACAUAUACUGCAGUCUUAAUGACACAGUCAAAUUAUUGUAUGUGUCAAUACUACCACCUGCGGUAGUCUGUUCCCUUUAUGUAAACGGAGGAAGAAAUCUAGCGUACAGGCAAGAGGUUGAGCAGACGUCCAUCAGAUACGACACAUAUUUGGGUGCACCUUGGAGAGCCAUUGAUGGUGUCAGAGGUGGUAUAUAUUUAGAACAUGGCUGUGCCAGCCUUAAAAGCGAAGAAGACAACAUGUUCAAUCUUACAUUCAGGAGACCACCAAUACUCAAUCGAAUCGACUUCUACAACAGAGAUGACAACUUCAGCAAUCGUUUCAACAAUUUUAAAAUGAAAUUAUACAAUGCAACUGGCUGUGUGCUCUACACAUACAAUGACCAAUCAACUGACCUUGACAAGACGUAUUACAUGGUACAAAUCCCUAAAUAUCUUUCCUCGCCCAUCUGGAGGAUAUCUGUGUCGGCAAUGUAUGGAAAUCGCCCAAUGUUGACAAUCUGUGAACUCGAAGCAUUCGGAGAUUGUGUCAAAGGAACCUGGGGGCUCGACUGUAAUCAAAGUUGUCCAGAGCACUGUAAUGAAGGCUGUAAUACUAUGGAUGGGACAUGUUCAAGUUUGUGUAUGUUUGGUCGCAUUUUGCCAGAUUGUCGACAAGCUUGUUCUAUGGGAAAAUGGGGACCAGAAUGUGAGAAAAACUGUUCGAAAAAUUGCUACAGGGGAUGCAACAUUAACACUGGCCUAUGUGAUAACGGCUGCAUUGGCUUCAGUGAUCCGCCUCACUGUAAAACGGCUUGCUUAAAUAUGACGCAUGGUAUCAACUGUUUCAAGAAAUGCCCAGUGAAAUGCCUAAACAUGACGUGUCAUCACCUAACUCACAGCUGCCUCCAAGGAUGUAAUGGUUACAGGGACUUUCCGAACUGCACCCAGAAAUGUUCCAAUACAAUGUAUGGACCCAACUGUCUCCAAAAGUGUAGCCAAAAAUGCUAUCGGGAAGAAUGCCACUACCAAACUGGGGAGUGUACUUUGGGCUGUAAUAGUUUUAGCGACCCACCAGAGUGUGGAACAAUGUGUGUUAACGGCAGUCACGGCCUAAACUGUAUCUGCCACGAAUUCUGCGAGGAGUGCAACACUUCUAGUUCCAAGUGCUUCCGUUGUAAAAUUGGAUUUCACAGAGAUCCUACCCACAAUCAAUGCUUAGAAGUAAAAGCUGAGUGGCACUCAAAGGCAUCGGACUCGCCGGAUCAAAGGCUUCUUAUCCCGCUGGUUAUAUUUCUAUUUGCAGUCCUGGAAACUCUCAUCGCCCUGUUAGUUUUGAUCCGGCGUCGACGCCGAGGGCAAAGGUUAAAUAAGGAUAGUGAACAGUCCGAAACGUAGCCAUUAGCUGUAUAUCAUUAGCUGUAUAUCAUUAGCUGUAUAUCAUUAGCUGUAUAUCAUUAGCUGUAUAUCAUUAGCUGUAUAUCAUAAGCUGUGUAUCAUUAGCUGUGUAUCAUUAUCUGUGUAUCAUUAGCUGUGUAUCAUUAGCUGUAUAUCAUUAGCUGUAUAUCAUUAGCUGUAUACCAUUAGCUGUAUAUCAUUAGCUGUAUACCAUUAGCUGUAUAUCAUUAGCUGUAUACCAUUAGCUGUAUACCAUUAGCUGUAUAUCAUUAGCUGUAUAUCAUUAGCUGUGUAUCAUUAGCUGUGUAUCAUUAGCUGUGUAUCAUUAUCUGUGUAUCAUUAGCUGUAUAUCAUUAGCUUUAUAUCAUUAGCUGUGUAUCAUUAGCUGUACAUCAUUAGCUGUAUAUCAUUAGCUGUAUAUCAUUAGCUGUAUAUCCGUUUGUCCGUAAUCUAUGUAUGCAGUUAAAAAGAUGAGAUGAAAUGUUAAUUUUAAAUU